AUGGCGGGGGUAGCAGGGAAGCUGCAAGAAGGUGUUGAAGACUUGACUGGAUGGAGGAGUCGGUGUGAUGGUUUUCAGGAUACCCAGGACUAUGAGUCAGCUUGUUACCCACUGCCUCUAGUUGUAGGGUUUCUUGCCUAUGGUGACUGGAGUUCAGCAGCAUAUGAAAAGCUAAUAGAAGUUGCUAGCCUAGCUGGAAGACUUCGUGACAAAAUGACUAAAUUUGAAGAAGGGAAGAAAAAUACAAAAAUUGAUCUUUCAAGUGGUACAGCUAAUCAUUUGAGUGAAAUUGUAGUUUUUAGUUCGAAAUCUGAAUACAAGGACUUUGAUCCAAAUGAAGAUACGGAAUGGAAUGACAUAUUAAGAGAUUUUGGAAUUCUACCUCCAAAAGAUGAGCCAAAAGAUGAAACUGAAGAAAUGGUUUUACGUUUACAGAAAGAAGCAGAGGUGAAACCAUAUGAAAGAAUGACUCUUAAAGAACUAAAUGAAGCUGAAGAUGACUUUGAUGAGGAUGAUAUGAAAGCUCUUGAAAUGUAUAGGCAACAACGGUUGCAAGAAUGGAAAAUUCUUCAGAAAAGACAAAAAUAUGGGGAGCUGAGAGAAAUUUCUGGUGAACAAUAUGUGAAAGAAGUCACAAAUGCUCAGAAGGAUGUGUGGGUUGUAAUUCAUCUAUAUAGAUCAAGCAUCCCAAUGUGCUUACUAGUUAACCAGCAUCUCAGCCUGCUAGCCAGAAAGUUUCCAGAAAUCAAGUUUAUCAAAGCCAUUGUGAAUAGCUGUAUUCAAAACUACCAUGACAGAUGUUUACCCACAGUUUUUGUGUACAGAAAUGGUCAGAUAAAAGGCAGGUUCAUUGGAAUUACUGAAUGUGGAGGGACAAAUCUUAAACUAGAAGAGCUUGAAUGGAAGUUAGCACAAGUUGGAGCAAUAAAAACUGACUUAGAAGAAAACCCCAAACAAAACAUUAAGGAUAUGAUGAUGUCUUCAGUUAGAAGUGCUUCUAUUCAUGACACCAACAGUGCUAGUAGGGACAAUGAUGAGACCAAAUGUUACUCACACAGGAAUUUUUAAUGCUAGUACUCUGUAUUGAUGUUUUUAUGUUUGGUCAACAUAUGUAUGUUUAUUACUGGUUUCAUAAAUCUGAAAAAAUGCAGAGAUUUGGUUUAUAUUUAUACUUUCAGUUUAAACUUCUAGAAAAUAAUAUACUGUCUAAAGGCCAAA